AUGGCUGAAAAAUUCAUUGACGAAGUCUUGUCAUCAGAAGAGAGCACAGAUGGAAACUGUGAAUCGGAGGAUAAUGCGGUUCCUGAAAUAAAUCGUUUAAAGCCUUUUGAUAUGGAACCUAGGCGGAAACUUGAAGACUGGGAACUGAACGAUUUGGAUGGAAAAUCAGAUGAUUCUACUGAGAGUGAAUCUGAAAGAGAGAGAAUCGGAAAUGCCUACUGGUGCGUUUGUGGGGGUAAAUGUAAGGCAAUGGAAACAUACGCCGAAAGUCUUUGCUGCCAAGAAACUAACGAUAUUCCAGAAAAUUACUUCCAAGGCCAAAGUUGGAUAUCUUUGUCUGCGGAUUUCAAGAUUGUUUGUUUGACCAGAGCUGUACUCGAAACUGCCCUGUCUGCUAUGAACAACUUGAGAGGAGACAAGCUUGUUAUAAAUAACAGGACUUUACGUUUCGCAGCAUAUAAGCAAUACACGUGGUGGGUUCAUAACCGGCUUGGCAAAGGAGUUCGAAAAGUCAUUCCAUCUUGUGCUAUUUGGGCCAUUCGGAAUAGUUUUCCGUCUGAGAACGCCUACUACGUGCCAUUCAUGGAGAGUCGGCUUGAGGAUAAAAGACUAUAUCAAGAGAGUGAUAGUGACGAAUAA